AAUUAACAGUUAAAUUAUAUGAUUAGAUUUGGAAAGUCACCACAGCUUAUUUAAAAGAACCCAAAAAAACCAGAUAAUCUAGAAAUUCUAACUCUAUUAGACAACUGCACAUGUAAUGCAUAUAUUAAAAAUUAGUAAUUUUCAAGGAUGACAGGAUAGCAUUGAGAAACAUGGUAAAAGAUAAUAAUCAAGAUGUCAUAGCAAUACUGAAUCAUUAUAAAAAGGGCAAUAAUUUUAAAGACUUAUCUACCGACUUACGAAAAUAUCUUAGAAGGAAGGGAGACAAAGAAAACGAUAAAGUUCCUACUUGUUAAUCUCCUACAUCCAACAGAAUAUAAAAAGUCUAACAAUUACAAAUCUAGCCUUAAAAAAAUAGUUAAAAGAAAUCCUGCCCUGAUUUAUGGAAGCCAGCUGAAUAGCAAUCUCCUAAGGCAAUAAACUUAUGCAAAAAUAAUUAGUUUGUCAAUGACGUUCAAUAUUCAGAAAUUGUACUUUCAGAUAGAAAUCAGAAUGAGUCCAAAGAUAUCGAAUAAAUUUAAUUUUAAACUAACGUCUCUUAAUAAUACGCAUUUCAUCAGCCCCCUACCAAUUAACUAGAUCAUUCAUCAACAAUUCAAUAGAGCAGUUAAUUAUAAAAUAGUUAACAGCAUUAAUUAUAAGAUUAAGACUUAGAUAUCGAUGAAGAAGAUGACAUCCAAUCCGAAUCCUCUAAUGAAAGCAUUUUAAAUUAGAUUUCUUAACCACCUCCUUAAACCUAAGAUAUCACUCCAAAAAAUGAAAUCAAGCCAUCUUAGCUAUUUCAAAGUGGGCAUUCAACAUAUCUACAAAUAAACACUUGUUAAUCAUAUCUUUAACCAAUAUUGACAAUUUAAGAAAAAUCACCAGUCCAACUUAAAUCACCUGAAACCGAAAAUAAAAUUGUCGUCAAGGACUCUCAAAAAUACUAUAGCUUUUAUAAUUAUCAAGAUUACCAAAAGGUAGCCCAGCCCUAAUAUAAGCACUUGUUUACUCAUUGGCCUUCGCUAUUACAUAAAUUAGAUAGACCUGAAUAUGUUCCUAAUUACAGAGUUGUUCCUUAUAUUAAUUCAACACCUGAACAAAUAUUUUCGAUUCUCUUUCCAAACUCUAGCAAAGCCAAAAUCAGUUACUUUGCAUUUGAGAACCAAUUAAAACAUAAUCUAUUAUAAAUUGACCGAGACUCACUCUUCAAAGAAUUAGAUAAAGACUAAGAUGAUUGGAUAAAUUAUAGAGAAACUGGAGUUAUUCUAGAAGGCUUAUGUUUGUAAGUAGAAUAACCUAAGAAUUGUGUAAAAGUCAUUUUUGAAACUUUGAAAGGUUCCCCAACCAUCCCUAACACUUUGACUCUUUCAGAUCUUGAACUAUUUGAAAAAAAAACAGAUUUUUAAUUUGCUAGAUAGUAUAUUUCAUAUUUUUAUGACCUAGAUUAAUGUAGGAAGUAGAUGGAAUUUAAUAAGGGCAUCUAACUUAUUGGGAUUUAUAUAUGCAUCGUGACAUUUACCUAAUGGAGAGAUUAUGUUAAAUAGUUUCAUAAAUUACAGGUGCUACUCAUAAACACUAAUGACUUUG